AAUAAAACAGAGAGAGAGAGAGAGUGAGUGAGAGAGUGUGUGUGUGUUUGUUCAGCAUAUGCAUACACUCCAAAACCUACUGCUACUGGUCAGGUAUGUGCUAACAGAUAUCUCCACCACCACCGCUUCUCUCUUUUCUCUCUCAUUAUUUCUUCCUUCUUUCUCUCUACAGUGAAACCAAACCAAAAAAACAAAACAAAAACAAGUCCAAGAUUUCAUUUUUUUCAUGGGUUCUUAUGAAGCCACAGAUGUGGUUCUCUCAAAAAUCAAAAACCUUGACCCAGAAAAUGCCUCAAAAAUCAUGGGUUUUCUUCUCAUGAACCUUGAAGAAUCUGAAUUAGUACGCUUAGCUUGUAGUCCUGACCCUGUGCUGCAUACCCUUGUUCUGAGGGUUAAGACCCAUUUGGGUUCGACACUCUCUUCUCCUUCUUCUCCUUCUCCUCUGAACCCCAUAUCAAGACUCACUAGGACUUCUAGUAACCCAUUCUCUAAGUCUUCUCCUAGAAUGCCUACCAAUGCCUUUGACUUCACUAAGAACCCAUCUUCACCCUCCUCGCAUGUUUGGCCACACUCUGGGUUCCCUAACAACCCCAAUGCCCCAAAGUUGAGUCCUUUACUCUCUUACGAGAAUAUCCGAGCCGCCUCUUCAUUUUCUUCACCCCGUGUCAAUGGUGAUUGUAACACUGUUCAUGAUUUUGUUGAUGAGGAACAAGUGAAUGAGUACUUUCCCUUCCUCAAUGAGUCAUCUAAGAACGAGGAUUUGGUCGAUCCACGUCUCGAAUUGGGUUUUAGGGCUCACAAUUGGAACUCUGUCAACAAUGGCGAUGCACAUUUCCACAGAAGGAGUUACUCUGCUAGCGAUGCUUGUUUUGGAGGAUGUGAGGAACCAGUAAUUGGUUAUAAGCCAUGCCUUUACUUUGCCAAAGGGUUCUGUAAAAAUGGUACCAAUUGCAAAUUUGUGCAUGGGGGUUUGUCUGAUUCAUUGGAUGCUGCUGUCACUGUUGGUUCUCCUAGUAAGUUUGAGGGUUUAGAGCAACGUGAAGAGUUUAUCAGAUUCAAGGCCGCGCAACAUCAAAGAUUAAUGGCUGCAUCACAGCUAGUGGCUGGAGCUUCACCAUCCUCAUACGACAGAUACAUUGAUUUUUUGAUGCAGCAACAAAAUGAUCACCAGAGAGCAGCACUCAUGAUGGGCGAAGAAUUUUACAACUUUGGCCGGGGCAGGCUUGAAAGGAAUGACUUUCUAGCCAUGGUUUCUGGAGAAAAAUCCAACUCUGCUUCGCGACAGAUUUAUUUAACAUUCCCUGCUGAAAGCACAUUCAAAGAUGAAGAUGUUUCAGAGUACUUUAGCAAAUUUGGACCUGUACAAGAUGUGAGAAUUCCUUACCAGCAAAAGCGAAUGUUUGGGUUUGUUACCUUUGUCUAUCCAGAGACAGUGAGACUCAUUUUAUCCAAAGGGAAUCCUCAUUUUAUCUGUGAUUCUCGUGUACUUGUCAAGCCCUACAAGGAGAAGGGGAAAAUCCCUGACAAGAGACAGCAGCAUCAACAACAGCAAUUAGAGAGGGGAGAUUUUUCGCCAUGUUUAAGUCCUUCUGGGUUUGACUCUAAAGAGCCUUGUGAUUUCCAUCUUGGAGCGAGAAUGUUAUAUAAUCCGCAUGAUGUCUUAUUGAGAAAAAAAUUCGAGGAGCAGGCUGAGUUGCAGCAAUCCAUUGAACUUCAAGCAAGAAGGCUGAAUAAUCUGCAGCUUCCAGACUUCAAGAAUAAUCCCAUUCACCAAAACCAACAUCAACGCAGUCUCUCUGUUGGUGCUCCUUUUCCCCUGCCCUAUCAACUUUACAGUCAUACUAACAAUGCGGGUCAUUCUUCUGAUAGCAUUAAAGGAGAUAUUACAGGCUACGGUGACAGCCUCACUUCUACUAAAUCUUUAGGUACUGCAUCUGAGCAGCAGCAGCCACGAAAGGAGGUUGAUCCAGCUUGCGUUGAUGAUACUGAUAGUGGGAAUAUAAAGGAUGGUGCAAAUGCAGAAGUCAUAGAUCAUAGUAAUAGAAGUGUGGAGCAGGCCCUUCCUGAUAGCCUUUUUGCUUCACCAACAAAAGCAGCUGGAGAUUAUGUGCCUAACUUCUCUACACUGGCAGAGGUCAACGAGAGCUCAUCUUCUCACAAGAAGUUAGAACUGACAACCACUUCUGGUGAUGUCGCUUCUCGUUAAUCAAGAUUUUCAACUGUAGGUAAUAAUAAGAAUAGAAGUGGCCAGCAGGGGGUCAUUUUUAUUAGGAUUUAUAGAAGCAUGUAGAAGAAAGAAUCUUCUAGAUGUAUAGCCGAAUAUACCUAGAUCAAAAGAAUUAGAUCCUAGAGAAGAAGCAAAUGAGGUCACCAUCGCCAUCGCCAUCAUCAUCAAUACAUACUACUAACAGCAAGCGAUACAUAUUGCAUACUUGGACAGACAUAUUGGUGUACAAGAGUAGUUUUCCUUUCCUCCUUUCCCUUCUUUUGUUUUGCUCCCCAUCCCCUGUAGGUGUGUUUCACCAGACCUAGACAGAACAAAUCUGAUUUGGUUUAAUUAUCCAAGUAGUUUAUUUAAACCAUGUUUCUUUGUUGAUAAUAUUUACAACAUUUAAGUUUCAAUCUAUUUUAAGCUA